GGGCUUUUCCUCUUAACAGAACCCCUUCUACAACAUUCUCCACCUCCUUCAAUGGCACCACUUCUUCAAAACUAACCCAAUCAUUUUCCAAUUGUGCCCUUCAUCAUCAAUUCCACCUCCAAACACUAUGUUAAAGCUCCUUUCUUCUUCUGCUUCUCGCCAUUUUCACAACCACCUAACAACCUCUCCUCAUCUCCGACUCACCACCACCGCCACCACCGAGUCUUCUCCUUUACUCAAAGCACUGAAUUCAAUCACCAGUUUAACUCGGAGAAAAAACCCUAGUUCUUAUCAACAGGCUUUCUUUUGCUCCAAUUCUGGAGAUGGGCCUGGUGAAUUGGUCGAGAUUGAAUUGAAGAGCGCAGAUUCCGUCAAUGAUGCUGCUGAUGCUAGCAAUGCUAUUGUGCCUACUAGUCCUCGUCCUGAGGAUUAUCUCACGGUAUUGGCGUUACCCUUGCCGCAUAGACCUUUGUUCCCUGGUUUCUACAUGCCUAUUUACAUCAAGGAUCCUAAAUUAUUGGCAGCUUUACAAGAAAGUCGGAAAAGGCAAGCCCCAUAUGCUGGUGCCUUUCUUGUUAAAGAUGAGCCUGGGACUGAUCCCAGCGUAGUAACUGGUUCUGAGUCAGAGAAAAACAUAUAUGAACUUAAGGGAAAAGAUUUGCUUAAUCGGCUUCAUGAAGUUGGCACACUUGCUCAGAUCUCGAGCAUCCAAGGAGACCAGGUCAUCCUUAUUGGUCAUAGGCGACUUCGAAUAACAGAGAUGGUUAGCGAGGAACCCCUUACCGUUAAAGUUGAUCAUCUUAAAGAAAAACCAUUUAAUAAGGAUGACGAUGUCAUAAAGGCGACAUCCUUCGAGGUUAUUUCAACUCUAAGGGAGGUUCUUAAAACAAGUUCCCUUUGGAGAGAUCACGUUCAAACAUAUACUCAGCAUAUAGGUGAAUUCAAUUUUCCAAGGUUGGCUGAUUUUGGUGCUGCAAUAUCUGGUGCGAACAAAUUGCAAUGCCAGGAAGUAAUUGAAGAGUUGGAUGUAUAUAAACGUUUGAAGCUUACACUAGAGCUGGUGAAGAAAGAAGUGGAAAUCAGUAAGAUUCAGGAAUCAAUUGCAAAAGCAAUUGAAGAAAAGAUAAGUGGUGAGCAGCGCCGUUAUUUGUUGAAUGAACAGCUUAAGGCCAUAAAGAAGGAACUGGGAUUAGAAACAGAUGAUAAAACUGCUCUCUCUGCAAAGUUUAGGGAAAGGCUUGAACCAAACAAGGAGAAAAUUCCGGCACAUGUUUUGCAAGUAAUAGAAGAAGAGCUUACAAAACUGCAGCUUUUAGAGGCCAGUUCAAGUGAAUUUAAUGUUACUCGUAAUUAUCUGGAUUGGCUGACUGCAUUACCUUGGGGUAAUUAUAGCGAUGAGAAUUUUGAUGUUCUUCGGGCACAAAAGAUUCUCGAUGAGGACCAUUAUGGAUUAACUGAUGUUAAGGAAAGGAUAUUGGAGUUUAUAGCUGUUGGAAAACUAAGAGGAACUUCACAAGGAAAAAUCAUUUGUCUCUCUGGUCCGCCUGGAGUGGGCAAAACUAGCAUCGGCCGUUCAAUAGCACGUGCUUUGAAUCGAAAGUUCUUCCGGUUCUCAGUAGGAGGGUUAUCUGAUGUUGCUGAAAUUAAGGGGCAUCGUCGAACCUAUAUUGGUGCAAUGCCAGGAAAGAUGGUGCAGUGUCUGAAAAAUGUGGGAACUGCUAACCCUCUUGUUUUGAUUGAUGAGAUUGACAAGUUGGGAAGAGGACAUGCUGGUGAUCCAGCUAGUGCUUUGUUGGAGCUUCUUGAUCCAGAGCAAAAUGCUAAUUUUCUGGACCACUAUCUUGAUGUUCCAAUUGACUUAUCAAAGGUUCUGUUUGUAUGCACAGCAAAUGUCGUGGACAUGAUACCUGGGCCUCUCUUGGACAGAAUGGAGGUGAUUGCUAUUGCUGGGUAUAUUACUGAUGAGAAAAUGCACAUUGCUAGAGAUUAUUUGGAGAAGUCUACACGUGAAGCAUGUGGCAUCAAGCCUGAAGAGGUUGAAGUGACUGAUACUGCUCUUCUUGCCCUCAUAGAGAAUUACUGCCGAGAAGCAGGGGUACGGAAUCUUCAAAAGCAAAUAGAGAAGAUAUAUCGGAAGAUUGCACUGAAACUUGUACGUCAAGUGGAGACAAGUGAAUCUGCAGUUUCUGGAGGAGAACCAAAAGAAAUAAAGGUAGAGUGUAAUGAAUCUUCUUCAGAAUCAGUAGAGGGGAGCAGUAAUGAACAGAAUAAUAAGACCUCUGAAGAAUCUGAGGUUCUGGUGGCAGAGCAGCCAUCUGACCAGAUUCAAAGUCCUGUAGAGCAAGCUGCUGAUUCAAAGGAAGCAACUGAAUCUGACAAAAUCAAGGAAAGUGAAGUAACUAAGGCGGUUGAGAAGGUUUUGGUUGAUUCAUCCAAUCUAGCUGAUUUUGUUGGCAAGCCUGUUUUCCAUGCUGAGCGCAUCUAUGAACAGACUCCAGUUGGUGUUGUAAUGGGUCUUGCAUGGACAGCAAUGGGGGGUUCCACCUUGUAUAUAGAGACCACUCAGGUAGAACAAGGAGAGGGGAAGGGGGCUCUUCAUCUUACCGGUCAACUUGGAGAAGUUAUGAAAGAAAGUGCCCAAAUAGCUCACACUGUUUCAAGAGCAAUAUUGACAGAGAAGGAGCCAGAUAACCCCUUCUUUGCCAAUUCGAAGCUUCAUCUCCAUGUUCCUGCAGGAGCGACCCCUAAGGAUGGGCCAAGUGCUGGUUGCACCAUGAUCACAUCCUUGCUUUCCCUUGCCAUGAAGAAACCUGUGAGGAAAGAUCUGGCGAUGACUGGGGAAGUGACACUGACUGGGAAAAUACUUCCCAUUGGCGGGGUCAAGGAGAAAACAAUAGCAGCGAGGAGGAGUGAGGUGAAGACCAUUAUUUUCCCAUCAGCAAACAGAAGGGAUUAUGAUGAGCUUGCACCUAAUGUGAAAGAAGGCCUAGAUGUCCACUUUGUAGAUCACUAUAGUCAGAUAUUAGAUUUGGCCUUUGGAUAUGACCAGAAUGGGGAAAAAUAGACCCUCGUUACGCACUCCAUUCUUGAGAUGCUUAUUUUUCAGGGUCCAUCAAUGAAAUCCAAUUUGUUCUCUGUGACCCUUUCCUGGAACUAAAUCCAGUUUUAUACCAUGAAUACAUUUUUCAUGCGGAUACUCUCAGAAAAGAAAUAUAGCUGAGAUCUGUUCCUUCACAUGGGUGGAAGGUGAUUUGCCAUUGCUUUAUGUCACUUAUUUAGUUGAUUUUGCAACCAGAACCACCAUUUGUAAUAAGUAUAGUUUUUUUUUUUCUUUUCCUUUUUUGGCUGACAGGGUAAGUUUGUACUUUAACGGCUCUAGCAUGCCAUAUAGGGGGAUAAUGCUGCCUUAGUUUCUGUUCAGGAAUCGGGAUACACAUCUAAGAUAAUCCUGUCGGCAAUUCUAGUCUUUCGUGAUGCUAUUUGGUGCUUCAAUGUAUGAUUGUAGAAAUGAUGAACUUUGGAGAUUUUUUUUGGAGAAAGACGAGAGACAAAUCAUUGGCAAUGCCUUGCUUUUUCAAAAGGAAGGAGAUAUUUUUAUGAGCAAUUGCCUUUUUAUCA